AUGGGUUUCCAAUUUGUAAUGUUUUUAGCCUUAUUUGCCACUUCUUGUAUGGCUCAAGCUCCAGGUGCUGCUCCGGCUCAGCCACCCUCCACCCCCGCCGUCCCUCCCCCGUCUACUCCUCCCCCAGCAGCAUCCCCACCUCCCGCCACCCCUCCUCCAGCAACCCCACCACCGGCUACCCCUCCUCCAGCCACUCCACCACCUGCUUCGACCCCACCAUCAUCACCUCCGAGCCAGCCCCCAGCUUCACCUCCUACAUCUCCACCACCAUCAUCACCUAGCUCGCCUCCAACUGCGCCACCAAAGGAGGGUCCAAUCUCACCUCCGACUUCGUCUCCUCCAUCACCACCACCAGAAGGGAAUGUCCCAACAAACAGCCCUGGACCAAGCCCACCGCCACCCCCACCGGAAGGAAAUGGAGCGGCAAGCGUUAGCCGAGGAAUGAUGGUGGGUGGUGCCGUGGCCGGAGCUUUCUUGGCAAUGAUAUUUGCUUAG